AUGUCAAGUUUGACUAGACCAAAUAGAAUUGAUAAUACAGGUGAAGAAGGUUUCAAAAAGAGUGGAAAGAGGCAAAUGGGACCCAAUAAUAGCACUAUUGUCGUGUCUGUUAGAAGACAAUUCCUGACAAAAACACGCUUGAUCUGGGAAAAAUCGCAAGUAGUUUUAUCUCGAGUAUUUGAAUGUUUAAUGACUAUAAAUGUCCAAGUUAUAGGUGAGGGUCAACGAACCACUUUCGUGAUAAGAAACAUUCCAAAUAAUUAUAAUCAGCGGAUGUUGCUUGAGACUCUUGACGAGACUCAUAAGAGUCAAUAUGACUUUUUCUAUUUGCGGAUGGACUUAAAAACUGAUGUAAUGUCGGAUAGUGCUGUCUCGGGUUGGAAAGAGAUGGAUGUCAUGGGUGAGCUGCCUGAAUACCCACCCACCCAAAAUUUUCUUCUCUUCUGGUACGUUGUGCAGCCAGAAACAACUGUCUCCCGAGCCAAAAAAAACCAUCAAAAGAAAGUAGGUCUUUGGCUGCUCACGUUGGCAUUACCAGCUCUCCGAAUAGCACUGCUUGAGUCAUCAAAUGUCAGUUUAAAUUCAAUUUGCGAAUUUUUGAGAUAUAAUUUCGAUACCACUCGAUUUCCAUAUCAGUGGCGAUCGUUAGUCCAGACAUCGCAUCCGAAAGCCCGUUAUUGUACAAAGAUAUUCGCAUAA